AUGCAAUUUUGGGAAAUCAUCUCCGAUGAGCACGGUAUUGACCCCACUGGAGCCUACCACGGAGACUCCGACCUCCAGCUAGAAAGAAUAGAAGUGUAUUACAACGAAGCAUCCGGUGGAAAGUAUGUGCCCCGGGCUAUCCUGGUCGACUUGGAGCCGGGAACUAUGGAUUCAGUUCGGUCCGGACCUUAUGGACAACUGUUUAGGCCAGACAACUUUGUGUUUGGACAAUCUGGAGCAGGAAACAAUUGGGCUAAGGGCCAUUACACCGAAGGAGCCGAAUUAGUAGACUCAGUGCUGGAUGUUGUGCGAAAAGAGGCAGAAUCCUGCGACUGUUUACAAGGAUUCCAAUUGACACAUUCGCUUGGAGGUGGAACCGGCUCUGGAAUGGGAACUCUAUUAAUUUCCAAGAUCAGAGAAGAAUACCCCGACAGGAUCAUGAACACUUAC